CGCAGCUCGCUCCAUUCACGCCGCGCCCCCCCAGCCGGCCCACGGCCCCCGGCUCCUGGUGCCGGGCGGUAGGCCCACAGACCCUGGCCGCAACCGGCCCCCGGAGGCCUGCGCCCCUCUCGCCCCGGCCUCGCGCCGCCCGGGGGGCGCUGCAAAUAGUCCUUUGUUUACAUGCAAUUCCUUACUCCGCGGAAGGAGGCCGGGGGAGUGCUGAGUUUUCACCAGCUGUUUCCCGCCUUGAAACAGACAUCUGAUCAGCUGCAAACACACACACACAUACACACGCCCGGGGAGGCAGGCCGGAGAGACCUCCCUCCCGCCCCUCCCGCCCGCCUCCCUCCCCUCGCCGCCGCCGCCGCCAGCAUCUGGGACCGGCCGUUUCUGCACCUCCGUCCGGCGCUGCCCUUUGAUUCGGAUUUCCAUCUUGCAUUCUCCGGCUGACCGCGGGACCCGGCUCGUGCAGAGGAGGGGGGCCGAUCGCUAUGGAGUAUUUCAUGGUACCCACUCAGAAGGUGCCCUCUUUGCAACAUUUCAGGAAAACAGAGAAAGAAGUGAUAGGAGGGCUCUGUAGCCUUGCCAACAUUCCACUGACCCCUGAGACUCAGCGGGACCAGGAGCGGCGGAUUCGGCGGGAGAUCGCCAAUAGCAACGAGCGGAGGCGCAUGCAGAGCAUCAACGCGGGCUUCCAGUCCCUCAAGACCCUCAUCCCCCACACAGAUGGAGAGAAGCUCAGCAAGGCAGCCAUUCUCCAGCAGACGGCAGAGUACAUCUUCUCCCUGGAGCAGGAGAAGACCAGGCUUCUGCAGCAGAACACACAGCUCAAGCGCUUUAUCCAGGAGCUGAGCGGCUCAUCCCCCAAGCGGCGGCGGGCAGAGGACAAGGACGAGGGCAUCGGGUCGCCAGACAUCUGGGAGGACGAGAAGGCGGAGGACCUGCGCCGGGAGAUGAUCGAGCUGAGGCAGCAACUGGACAAGGAGCGCUCGGUGCGCAUGAUGCUGGAGGAGCAGGUGCGCUCGCUGGAGGCCCACAUGUAUCCGGAAAAGCUCAAGGUGAUCGCACAGCAGGUGCAGCUGCAGCAGCAGCAGGAGCAGGUGCGGCUGCUGCACCAGGAGAAACUGGAGCGGGAACAGCAGCACCUGCGGACCCAGCUUCUGCCCCCUCCGGCUCCCACCCACCACCCCACAGUGAUCGUGCCGGCACCACCCCCUCCCUCCCACCACAUCAACGUUGUCACCAUGGGCCCCUCCUCGGUCAUCAACUCUGUUUCCACGUCCCGGCAAAACCUGGACACCAUCGUGCAGGCGAUCCAGCACAUCGAGGGCACCCAGGAAAGGCGGGAGCAGGAGGAGGAGCAGCGGCGAGCGGUCAUCGUGAAGCCGGGCCGCAGCCUCCCUGAGGCCCACGCCUCUGACACUGCCUCCGAUUCGGAGGCCUCGGACAGCGACGCCAUGGACCAGAGCCGGGAGGAGCCAGCGGGGAACGGGGGGCUUCCCUGACCACCCCCCAGCCCUCCUUUCCCUUCUUGGGGCUGGAGGGGGCCGGUGGGGCAGCAACAGGGAGCAACGCAGGUGAACGAGUGAGGAAUUUUUACAAAAUUACGACGUCAUUUGGGUCUCUUUUAUGACCUCUUUUUCAAUACUGUAAAUCCACCUUGGAGCGAAGCCACCUGACCUGAGGUCCCGGGGGCUGGCGUGGCAGGAGCGUGUGGGAGCACCGGGACACCUGGGGCUGGGCCUCGCCCCGGAGGCCGGGGGAAGCUGACACAGGUGCCUGGCCUCUCUCCGCCAAAAAGCAUUUUUUCAUUUAAACAUGUUUUUAAGAACAGGGAAAAUCAAACAAAACCCCAAGGUAUUCUGCCCUCCCCAGAGCCAGCCCUAGAUGGUCAGUUUUUGACUCCUUCCCUCCUCUUUUUGGUUUUUUUCCUUUCUCCUUUAAGCACUUACAUGGGUUGGGGGUCUGGCUGGGUCGGGGCUCUCCGGGGGUCCGGGGGUCUACAAUGCUUCUCGGUUGGGGUUUGCUGCUGCCCUUCUCCCCUCCCCUCCUGGCCUCGGCUCAGCACGAGGAUUCGCCACUCCCCACCACCACCCAGCCCCAUCUCUCCCUCCAGGUUUCCCAUCUUCCACCCCAAAAAUGUCUUUGUCUCUCUCUUUUUGUUUUGUUUGUUGUUGGUUCUUUUUGGUUUUGGUUUUGUUUAUCUUUUCUGUUUUUUGUUUUUGUUUUUGUUUUUUUUUACAAUUUUGAGGUCUUUGUGUUCAAGGAGAAGCUAUUAUAUUUUGUUAAGAAAGUGGGGGGAAAAAAACCAAGAGGCCACCGUGCCUUUAUAAAGAAACAAAAUAAAGUUUGUACUUUGUUUUUUAGA